AGAGAAGAUAAGCCUUGACUUCGCUUUUGGACAGCACUGCCGAGUGGGAUACCGCUGGAACCAUGUGCUCCUCCAUAAAAAUUGAAUCUGUUGUGAAGGAGAAGUCCAGGAUGGGAGAGUGCCCCGUCUGGGAAGAAAGAGAGAACGCACUUGUCUAUGUAGACAUUAACUCACAGAAAGUUUGCCGCUGGAGCCCAAUCACCAACGAGGUGCAGACUGUGUCUGUGGAUGCCCGUGUUGGCUCAGUGGCGUUACGGCAGUGCGGGGGCUACAUCAUUGCCCUGGGGACCAGGUUUGCCUGUCUGGACUGGGACACUCAGGAGGUCACCACCAUUCUUGAGCUUGAGCAAGAUAAACCGAACAACAGGUUCAAUGAUGGGAAAGUGGAUCCAAAGGGGAGGUUUUUUGCUGGUACGAUGGCUGAAGAGACAGCACCUGGGGUCCGAGCGAGGCGGCAAGGCGCUCUCUAUACCCUUUUCCCUGACCAUUCGGUAAUCAAACAGUUAGGCCAGGUGGACAUCUCCAAUGGUCUGGACUGGUCCCUGGACCACAGGACCUUCUUCCACAUCGACAGCCUCACAUACGCUGUGCAUGCCUUCAGCUAUGAUGUGCAGACUGGAACCAUCGCCUGCCCCAGACUUUUGUACCAUCUAGAAAAGGAGGAGCAAAUGCCUGAUGGGAUGUGCAUUGAUGCAGAAGGGAAGCUCUGGGUGGCCUGUAUUGAUGGUGGAAGGAUCAUUCGUAUAGACCCAGAGACAGGGAAAAGAAUCCAAACUGUGAGGCUCCCUACUCCGAGGAUCACCUCUUGCUGCUUUGGUGGAAAAGACUACUCAGAAAUGUAUGUCACUUCUGCAUAUGAUGGACUGGACAAGACAGCCUUAGCCAAGGAACCUCAUGCAGGAGAGAUUUUCAAGAUAACAGGGCUGGGUGUGAAAGGAAUCCCACAGAAUUUCUAUGCUGCUUGA